AUGGGGUCAAAGAUGUGGUCUCACUGGCUUCUGGUCCUCGUGCAGGGCCUCAGUGCUUUGUUGGCACUGCUUCUGCGCUUGGGUGCGCCGGGCUUUUGUCGAAGCAGCCAGGCCGGUGUUGGAGUCUGCGUGUGCGAAGGUCCUGCAACACUGAAUCUGCCGGACACGGAGUAUUGCUAUCGAGAUCAGAUGGCUUUCCGUGCCGAGUUCUCUUCGAUCCUUAUAUACAUUCUGCUGGCCAUCCUAACGGUGCAAGGCUCUCUGGGCACUCUCUGGCGGGCACACGGCUUGGCGCACCGCGUGGCCGUCUUAGUGCUGAUUGCCACGGUGCAGCUUGUGCUGCUGCUGGUGGCCAUUUGCCUCCCAUCUGGCCUAUUUGUCGCUGUCGAGGAUUUUGGGAUGUUUGCCGCUGCCGCCUACCGCGUGCUGCAGGCGGUCCUCUUCAUGGACUGGGCCUACAACCUCAACGACCGCCUGUACAGCGGUGCAGUGCAGACGAGACAACGGCUUGUCAGCAGUGAUGCCUAUAGCUGGCGCUUGCGCAUCAUGGUUGCCGCCUCUGUUCUAUUGCUUCUGGGCUCGCUAACAGCAACCAUCUUCCUGUGCAUGCACGAGCCCGAGGUGAUCUGGUGUGUGGUGAUAUCUUUCAUCUUUUCAGUGCUCCUGUUGGGAGUGAGCAUAACAACCUGGUGCGAGCAUGGCUCCCUGAUGACUUCUUCGGUCAUGCUGGCUUACAAUGUCUAUCUCUGCCACCAGGUCGCGGAGAUCCGGCCUGACAGCGCUGCUCCGUUAGAGGAUGACGACGUUCCGACCACGCUGUAUGGCCUGCUGGUGCCGGCCUGUUCCCUUGCCUACUUCGCCAUUAGCAGUAGCCCUGCCAGGCACCUGGCUGGUCGCAGUGCGGCUGCCAUCGAUGACAAUGACGACUUUGACUCUAGCGACUUCUUGUUGCGCUGUGGAGUCCAUUUCCUGGCCGACUUCUACGUAACCUCGUUGCUGGCACCACGUGUGAGUUGGCUCAGAUUCAAUGUUCGAGCGGCUACCGUCUUUGUCUGUAUCGCGGUGUACGGCUGGACCUUGGUUGCCCCCAAGGUCUUGUCCAACAGAUCCUUCUGA